AUGCACAGUCCAUGAUGAAUAAAGUAGCAUGAGCUGCUCUCGUUGGAGUAAGUCCUUCGUUCCCAACUCCUCCUUUUCUCCGACUCCUUCUCCACUCAUCCCCAUCUCCUUCCUCUCCUCUCUCCUCGAGCUACCCCACCCUCCAAACCCUAGAAACCUUCGAAACCUCCACCACUCGCCCCCACGCCAUGAUUCCGAGCUCGUCUCCUACGACUCGUGCCUCCGCCUCCUCUCCUCCUCCCCCUCCUCUUCCUCCCUCCGCCGCGCUUCCUCCGCCCACGGCGCCGUCAUCAAGCUCGGCCUCUCCGGCGACCUCCUCCUCUGCAACCGCCUCCUCGCCCUCUACGCCGAGCUCCGCCGCGGCGGCGUCAGCGGCCCCGCCCACGCCCGCAUGCUGUUCGACGAAAUGCCUCGCCGGGACGUCGCGUCCUGGACCGCCGCCAUCUCUGCCCACGCCCGCGCCGGCCUCGCCGACGCCGCGCUCGGCCUCUUCCGACGCAUGCUGGCGCUGCCCGAUCCCUCGGCGCCCGUCGCCGCCCCCAACGAGUUCACGUACUCCGCCAUCCUUCGCUGCUGCGCUGAUCGGUUCUCGCUGGGCUCCCAAAUCCACGCCCAGAUUUGGCGGCGCGGCUUCGGAGCGAACACUGUUGUCGGCGGCGCUCUCCUGGAUUUCUACUCCAAGUUUGGCGAAUUCCGCUUAGCUGAUCAGGUUUUUGCUACCAUGGAUUAUAAAGAUGUGAUCUCGUGGACUAUCAUCAUAACUGCUUAUGUAGAAGCAGGCGACUUGACCGGGGCCGUGAACCUAUACACCACCAUGGUCGGAGGCGGGACCGCUCCCACUGAGUUCACCUUUGCCAAGCUUCUAACCGGAUGCGGACUCUUCGGGUGCUGUCGAAUUGGUGAGCUGCUCCAUGCCCAUUUAAUCAUUUAUGGAAUGCACCUCAAUUUAGUGUUGAAAACCGCACUUGUGAAUAUGUACUCAAAAUGCCGUGAUAUGGGCCGUACUUUAACGGUCUUUCGCCAAACACCUGAUAUGGAUGUGAUGCUGUGGACGGCGAUGAUUGCUGGAUACUCCCAGAGAGGGGAGUUCAAAGAAGCCAUCGCUUUGUUGAAAGAGAUGGAGAUUGCGGGGGUUACAGCGAAUGCCUUCACGUAUGCAGGAGUUGUGAGUGCGUGUUCGUCUGUAUUGGCGCUACAACAUGGAGCGCAGAUUCAUUGCCGGACGGUCAAGAUUGGGUUGGAGCAGGAUUCUUCAGUUGGUAAUGCGAUUGUUGACUUGUAUGCCAAGUGCUCGACGAAUGUGUGGGACUCUAUCAGUGCUUUUAGAGCAAUUAAUUACCCAAAUGUUAUCUCUUGGACUGUUCUGAUUGCUGGGCUGGCCCGUCACGGCCAAGGCCAGGAAGCAUUUGUUGCAUUAGCUGAGAUGCGGGCGAGUGGAGUUCAGCCCAAUUCCUUCACUUUGUCCGCUAUUCUUUCAGGCUGUGGCUUCUCCUUGGAAGCUCUUGCUCACGCGAAGAAGCUCCAUGGCUAUGUGCUUAAGACAACGUUGGAUUCUUUAGAUGUGGCUGUUGGGAAUUCAUUGGUUGAUCUCUAUGCUAGGUACUCUAUGAUGCAAGAUGCGUGGAUGGUCGCAAAAACGAUGAUGAAUUUUAGGGAUGUGUUCACGUAUACAAGCAUAGCCAAAGGGCUUAAUCAGAUGGGCCUUCAUAUGAGGGCUUUGGAAAUGAUGACCCAAAUGCACAACGAAGGAAUAGAGAUGGAUGGGUUUAGUCUUGCUUGCUUCCUCUCUUCUACUGCGGGCUUAACGGCGAUAGAGUGUGGGAAGCAGCUCCACUGCUCUUCAAUGAAGUUGGGAUUGAACAAUAAAGUUUCAGUUUCUAAUAGCCUUCUUGAUAUGUACGGCAAAUGUGGGUGUAUAAAAGAAGCUCGAAGCAUCUUCAUGGAGAUCGAGGAGCCUAAUGUGGUAUCGUGGAAUAGUUUGAUAUCUGGGUUGGCUUCCAAUGGGCUUAUUUCACAAGCCCUGUCUGCUUUUGAGGACAUGCGGUUGGCAAAAAUCAAACCGGACAGCAUAACCAUCUUAGUGGUGAUGUAUGCAUGUAGUCAUGGUGGAUUGGUCGAUGUGGGCAUCGAGCAUUUCAAUUUGAUGAGGGAAAUUUAUGGCCUCUCCCCACAGCGGGAUCACUAUGCGUGCUUGUUAGAUUUGUUGGGACGAGCAGGCCGGCUUGAAGAAGCAGCUUUUGCAAUGGAGAGCAUGCCUUUUGAGCCUGAUGUGGGAAUGUAUAAGACAAUUUUGGCUUCUUGCAAGCUUUAUGGGAACUUGGUUCUUGGAGAGUGCAUGGCGAAGAAGGCAUUAGAGACGAACCCAACAGAUCCGUCUAUUUAUGUAUUGCUUGCAAGCAUGUAUGAUGAUGUGGGUAAGUUGGAGUGGGGUGAUCAGAUAAGGAAAAUGAUGAGGGAGAGAAUGGCGAGGAAGUGUGCAGGCCAAAGUUGGAUGCAGAUAAGCAAUUAAACCUGAGUAAAUCCAGGGUCUGGUGGAGUCAAAAGAGAAUUGUCCUGCCAAAACCCAAACUAGACUGGGAUUUAUCUAGAUGUCUCAAGCCUGAAAAUGUCCCAGUGAACUAAAAAUAUGGCCGGGUCCAACCAGGUCAACUAAAGAAAUUGAGGACCUGAGCUCGACCUGAAUUUGCUUGCUCAAGUUUUGAGAGCCGGACAAGCCCAGUGAUCGCACUCAGGCCUGACCUGACUUGACCGGUCAGGCUGGUGGAGUAUUUUCUUUUUGCUCGGGGUCUAUAAGCAACUAAGCUGCCACUCUGAAAUAUCUUAAUAAAAAACUGGGUGUAAUAUUUAGCCCUCCCAGCCAUUAGAAGACCAAAUGUAAUAAGGAAAAAAGAAAGGCAUACAUAUGGAGUGCCGAUGAAAGCCGCCGUUCUUUCGACUUGCAAUUAGAAUAUUAUCUUUCCGGUUGCCGCAAGAAGAAGCGUAGAAGGAUGAUAUUUAGGAAGCAGCUCAAGUGAUGAACGAGAAUGUUGAAUGGCUAUUGUUCCAGGAACCCUCCAUUAUCACCUGUUCUUUGCUUCUUGAUUAUUCUCUUGUAACUGGAGAUUUCAAGCAGUGAGAUGACAAUUGACAGUAUGUAUGGGUAUUCUGGUAAAUUUCUAUCGAGAUAUUUACAAAACAUCCCUGCAAAAUUAAUUAUUUUCAUAAACAGUCACAACACAAGAACAUGCUUGCAAAAUCUGAAUUUUCAUGUAUACUGUACAAGAAAAAUAUAUUUUCUCACAUGCACAAUUAUAUGAAAACCGUCUCAGGAAAAAAGCUUUUGGUUACUUCUACAUUCAGUCGCAAAUGGUAGACCUGUGUUUUGAUCUCGUCUUCAGAGUUCUGAUUUUAAGAACUAUACAGUUGACCUCAGUUUCAGUUAAUCCUCAGUUUUAAUUUUGGUCCUGACGUUUGAUCUCUAUUCUGAUUUCAUUCCCAAAGUUUGACCUUCUUUUCAAUUUUAUCCUCAGGAGUUUCAAGUUUAACAAAGGAAGGCCUAGUGCUGUUGCUAAAAAGGCCCUUUUUUGGUCAGCUAACUAAAGGAAGGACUUGAUUAUUUGUUGAUUUGAACACACUUUAUUUGUUAUAGUUCAAACUUGAUACUAGGAGGAUGAAAUUGAAAUCUUGCUCAGUUUCAACUGUUAGCUUUACAAAUUAAGCUAAGAGCUUUUUUUUUUAAAUACUAAACCAAUCUCCCCUUGGAUAACAUACCUCCCCAACUUAAGAAAAGAGUAUUUUUGUACGAAGGAUAUAUGUGAAAAGUUCAGAUUUUACAAGGGUAUAUUUUAAAAGAUGAUAUUGCAGGGAGGUGCAUAUGAAAUUCUCAACUUUAGCAAAAUUUGGCUUCAAAUAUGAAAAACUUACAUGGCUUUCAGCCAAAGAUCUUUGAAAUUUUUCGCAAGAUGCUUAAAGCAAUAGCUAAAAUUUUAGCUACAAAUGCCCAAAUGAAGCUAUAGUAUGCCACAAGUGGAAGGAUCAAAGGCUUCACGAAGAUCUGACAAAACUUGAUCACAUAGUAAACAACUGCAUCAGGCUUAUUUAGGAAACCUGCAGAAUGAAUCAUCAUGAGCUUUGUUCAUCGAGUUUAUUGUUUAAAAAUAUCAAUAGGUUGAUAAUGUUAGGCAAUGCAUACUCUCCGCGAGAUUUGGCAACCUAUCAAAUAGGAAGGUGAUCAACUUCAGCAUUUUCUGAAACCAUAAAGGUAACUUCUAUUAAUGUUGUUUGAGAUUUCUUUGGCAUUCAAACAUAGACAGCAUGAAAUUGGAAAUAUAUUCAGAAGGAAUUACCGGUGCAAGAUCUCCUGGUUUGAGUGGCGACUCAACAAAGACAUGAGCUUCCCUGUAAAACAGAUGAUUCAAUUGAAAGUAUGAGACAGGACGGAGGGAGAUGACAGUGUGCUGCACGGAUGUGCAGAUGCAUCUUGGGCAAGCAAUUAUUUCUUCGACAGCUUCCCUUAUGGGGUACUAAAAAUAAAACUCUUGAAAGGUUAGUUAUUGAAGAAAGCAAACUUCUAGAGUUCCGGUACAUGUUUGCACAUGACACAAAUCUGAGAAGUCUGUAUCCUCUUACCAAGGUGCCAUCUUAUUGCAAUCGUUAAGCGUCCUCCUUCGCAGAUCUCAUCAACGGUGAAAGUGACGUUCUUUCCCAUGGCUUCUACUAGUCUUUCAAAAUACUUGUGAAUACUCUAAGUUCAUAGAAAAUAUUAGUGAAUUAUCAUCGUUAAAUGGUGUACAUUCCACAUAUAGUAGGGAUGUGAAGUUAAGUGGCUGUUUAGUAGCAAUAAUGCAAGGAAAGCAUUGAAAAACUGUUUUUUUUUUUUUUAAACUUUUGUUAGAAUAGAAAUGUAAUGUUUCAUUUGUUUGGUUCAUAAGAAAUGAAACUGUUUUAUUUCUUUUUAUUGAUUUGUGGAAAAAGGAAACGGGAAGUGAUGGAUAAAUGUAGUAAAUAAGUGGGCAUUUUGCUGUUUUACUUCUCCACAGAAUUCAUCUGGAAACAAGGUGUUAACUUUUCCUCAAAUUGCGGAGAGCCUUUCUCAAGUAAACAAUUGGAAAUUGCUUUUUUGGGCAGAAAACUGUUACCUUUCCUUGCAGUGGCUUAUAAUAUGCUUUAUCUUCAAUUUUGCAGCCAGGAGCAAUCAGCUUCUCUAAACUUUUGAUGUCCUGGUCAUUUAGGGAUGAGUAGAACUUCUGAGUCAGUUCUAGCAAAGGCGAAGGCGGCACUUUAUCGGCCAGGUGAUUCAGAUCUUCCGGCCCGGUCGGUUGUAAAGCUCGAAGUGGCUUGCAAGGGAAUCGCCGCCUUCGUAAGUGAGUGGUUGUGAGUCUCAAUCUCUUUAUCUUCGGAGCAACACAACAGUGACUAGAGUUUGUUGGUACAGUGAGGGAGGAAUGAGACCUCCCACAUGUUAUUUCAGGAGCUGGUAAUGAGAAGGGAAUGCAAGCCAUUGUAGGAUUAGACCAUCAAUCAUAAUCGAUGAAUUUGAAAGUCUAUUUACAGAGAAGAAUAGAUCGAAGAAUCGCGAUUGCCUGCAAUGGAGUUUGCUUCAUGGGUGGUCAAGGAAUGUGAUACUGCUUUUAAGACAAGUAGAUUUUCAGAUAAACUUUGUACAUAGGGAAAUGCUUUACCUACCGUUACGGGCAUCUCCUAACGUGCUAGUUUGAUUUGUACAAGCCGAUCAGAAUAUAACACAUCAAUAUGCCAACAUUUCAGUAGCUUACAGGAGAAAGUAGUGAUGGUGGUAUCAUGAGAUUACGUUAUACAUGGGCUUUGGGUUCGUUGAAGAGAAACUUGGUGCGAGAGUGGUUUGGGGUGUGAAAUUGAUACUUUUUGUUGUACCUGUGUAAAGAGUAAAAAAUUAAAAUUUUCUUUUUUUA